AUGGUUGAAGCAAGAAUACCAGACGGCCUACGGGAUUGGAAUGCUUUGGAUAUAUUUAUCUUUUCCAACGGCCAACAGCAUUCUCCACCCAGGAAGUAUCAUCUUUGCUCAGAUGAUUUGAAGUUCUGGGAAUCCACGAUCAACUUCCUCGCUCAUUCCCAAUAUGGCUCCACACAUUCAAAGAUAGAGCUCUUCACAAUAGAAGGUCAAAGAGUUGGUGGACCAUUGGAGCUUCACAAUGAUGGGACCUAUGUUGCUGUCACACCACCAGAUCCCUUUUUACAAUCUGGAUACAACAAGUACCUCGUAAAGGCUACAAGAUCAUGGGAAAGAAGACAGGAGAAGAUAAAUUCGGCGAAAAGUACUCCCCAAGAAAAUAUUCAUGUCAGUGGAAAUUUUGAAAUAAUAGCUGCAACUAACAAUUCAAUGCAGAAAGAUAAUUCUGGAGCCGCUGUCACAAGAGACAGAAUAACUCGCAAGCCUAAUUCUGCAGCGAAAUCUAAACUUACAUCAUCACCAAGAUUAACAGGAAUUUCUACUAAAUCCAAGGAUCCCGUAGAAAAAAGGAAACUUUUAAGCACCAAAACUAUUCUCAGAAAAGUGAAUAAUACAGGGAAACUAUCAGACACGUCCUCUAAAAGGGACAGUUCACUUCUGAAAAAUAUAAGCGUGAUCAAUAAGUCCGUUAUAAAACAGUCUUUAACACCUAAACAAACACCAAUAAUUGACGCUAUUCUUGAAACAGAAUCAUCUGAAUCGGCUAAAAAACAAACGCCUGAUGAAAAUGUGGGUCCCUCUACUAAAACUCAAGAAAACAUAAUUGCUGAUACUAAAAGAAAUAGCUACAGCUCAGAUUUUAUAGUGGAAAAGAAUGAAAAGGUAGUUCAGAGUAAUAAUAACGUAUACAAAAACUCUGAGAGCGAAACUGCCUCAAUAUUUGUUGAUGUAGACAAAGAAAUGGCGACAAAGAACAAUUCCAUCAAGUACAUUGAAGUUAGUGAUAGCUUAUCUAAUACCGUUGUAAGGGAACAUUGUAGUGCUCUUGAUGGCAAAUUGAAGAGGAAGGAAUCCCAGCUCUCGAUUAGGGAUGCGAGCACGCAAAAAAGUUAUGUCUCUUUAAACGAAAAACCACAGCAAACUCAAACAAACGAUUGCAGUUUCAAUUUGAAUCUCAGUAUAGAAGUUAAAAAUUUCAAACUCAACGCUAUAACUGAGAAUGAGAUAUCCAGUAAAAGCCUAAGCUUAAAAUCGACGGAAGGUUCUUUAGUUAAAAUUCAGGCAAACGUUGAUAAAGAAGGCUUUAGAAAUGAAGAAAUGUCAGUUAAAACACUUGACACUUCUAAAUCUGUUAAUGGAAAUACUUGUUGCCAUAAUUGCAGUAGAAAUAUUGUAGUCGUGCGCUGUUCUUGUAGCUCCCAUCAAUUUGAUUUCGGGAAGACUUUUCUAACGUGUCCGGGAAGACCUCAAGAUUACUUCAUUUUGGUGCCGGCUAAAGACAUAAUUUACUCAGAAAGCAAUGAUCAAAGGUCUAAUGGAAAUUCUAAGAUCAGCGACAAUACUAGCGAUUUGAAGUCACAUCCAAAAGAAAAAGAAGAGAAAUGGAGAGAUGGUCGAGAAGGAUGUCAAUUAGACAAUCCAAUUAAUGAAACUAGCGCCAUUCAAGCUGAAGAUAGUAUGAAUUGUAGUAAAACGGAUAUCAAGGAACACAAAGUAUCUAUAUCGAUAGACAAUCCAACAGUUAUUGAAUCUUUCAAAUCGACGACAGAAAAUCUAUCAUGUGCUAUGAAAUAUAUCAAAAAUGCUGUAACAACUGAAAAUACAGAAAUUCUUAUAUUACCUAAUUCUAGUCAGUAUACGCAAACUGAUUGGUGUGAUGUUAUUGUAGAAGAAGCUAGACGCGAUCCAAACGGGCAAUAUACAGUUCAAUUACCUUCAUUGGGGAAAUUAAAGGCCUUCCAUUUAUUAUAA